AUGCAAGACGUUCUUAAGCUACAUAAGAUACUACUCGAUGCUAUUGAUGCUGCAAAAGAUAAAGGCUUUGCCGAGGAUGACCCGGCAGAGAAGAUCGCCCCUGGUACCGGGGACGUCUGCUUGAAUGCCAACCACCAAAUUAAGUACUUCAAUAUCAAACCUCUGUGUCACGCCCUGAUUAUUAUAAUCGAAAAUCCGAUGGAACAACGCAAAUCUCAUUUCGAGCAGGAAUUGGUUCGUUUCGUUCGAACGGAAUGGACGACCGGACUCAGUCAGCCCAUCAGCUUUCAAGGCCUAGAGGUUCAAAGGGUUAUUAAUGAGAAUGAGGUCGUUGUUCUAUUGCCCGAAGCAGUCCGCUUUAUCAUGGAUUUGGACGAGGAGGAAGCACUGCAAGAGAAGCAAGACCCGACUAUGCUAGAGACUUGGCUAGGGGACCCUGAAGAUCGGGUCACCAGGAUUGAGAAAGCAGACAAAGUUUCAGAGCCCAUGUGGACCACCGGGUCCUGGCCCACGGGUCCGUCUACCGAGUGGUUGGAGUUGGCAAAGCCACUCGAGUGA